AUGGGAUCACCUUUGUAUCUCUCCAUUUCAAUCAGCUUGCUUAAUUUACUCUUACUGUUUUUUCUUGUUUCUUCGGUACGGCCACUGUGCCACCCUGAUGAACGCUCAGCAUUGUUGCAGUUCAAGGAAAGCUUUGUCAUCAAUAACUCUGCCUCAAGUAGUCCUGAUGCCCAUGCGAAAACUGAAUCGUGGAAACUUGAGAGGGAAAGUGGUGACUGCUGCUCGUGGGAUGGGGUGGAGUGCGACAACGGCACUGGUCAUGUAACCGGCCUCAACCUUGGAAGUAGUUAUCUUAAUGGUUCAAUCGAUUCUAGCAGCAGCCUCUUCCACCUUGUUCACCUUCAAAGGCUUAAUCUCGCAGACAAUGUCUUCAAAAAUUCUAAAGUUCCUUCUGAGGUUAGGAAUCUCUCAAGACUGACAUCUCUGAACCUCUCUUACUCCGAGUUCUCUGGUCAAAUACCGUCAGAGAUCUUAGAGCUGUCAGAGUUACAGCUCCUUGAUCUGUCAGGGAACUCAUUGAAGCUUCGGAAUACAGGCUUGAGCUCUCUGCUUGAUAAGUUAACUAAACUUCAAGGACUUUAUCUUACUGAUGUCAGAAUUUCUUCUUCGGUACCUAAUAUCUUAGCAAAAUUUUCUUCAUUGAAAGCUUUAAUUUUAUCAAAUUGUGACUUGCGUGGUGAGUUUCCCACAGGAAUAUUUGAGUUACCCGCUCUUCAGUUUCUCAGCCUGCAGUCCAAUCCGAAGCUUACUGGAUAUUUACGUAAUAUUCAGAGCAAUCACCCUCUUUUGGAAUUAAGCCUUGCAAACACAAAUUUCUUUGGACAGCUGCCAGAAUCAUCUGGAAACUUCAAGUCCUUGGAACUUUUGGACAUUUACAACUGCCAUUUUUCAGGGAAGUUACCGUGUUCACUGGGUAACCUUACUGAACUCAGUUAUCUUGAUCUGUCUCUUAACAACUUUUCGGGACCUAUUCCUCCUUCACUUGGAAAUCUGAAACAGCUCAUGACUUUGGAUUUCUCUGAUAACAAUUUUUCUGGGGAAAUCCCUUCUUUCAUAGCCAAUCUUACCCAACUUGUUUAUUUGUCUCUUGCCACCAACAAUUUCGACCGUGGAACCUUGUCUUGGCUUGGUACGCAAAUCAAUCUAACUUGCUUGGACCUAUCAAACACCGGUUUAUCUGGUAAGAUCCCAUCUGCUCUCAAAAAUUUGACCCAAAUUACUACUUUAUAUCUCUGGUCCAAUAGAUUAGAGGGUCAGAUUCCACCUUGGAUAGGAAACCUAACCAAGCUCACUGAGAUCAAAUUCCAGAAAAAUAUUCUGAGUGGUCCGAUUCCAGAAUCAAUCUUCAAGCUUGAGAAUCUUGAACUUCUUCAUCUACAUGUUAAUCAACUAAAUGGAAUUCUUAAGUUGGACUCAUUUCUUGAGCUUAAAAAUCUCACCAGACUCCGACUUUCAAGGAACAACUUGUCACUGCUCAACACUGUCGGUAUCAAUGCCACUGCUCCAAAGAUCCAGGUUUUAGGAUUAGCUUUUUGCAACUUAUCUGAAUUCCCAGAUUUUCUGCGUAGUCAAGAUGAAUUGGAAGUCUUGCAACUUGCUGGCAACAACAUUCAUGGCCAAAUACCAAAAUGGUUUUUGCGCGUGGGAAAAGAAACUCUCUGGCACUUAAAUUUGAGCUUUAAUUUUCUGACACGAUUUGAGGAGCUUCCUGUUCUUCUUCCAUGGACUAGCUUAGAGCUUUUCGACCUUAAAUCUAGCAUGUUCCGAGGACCACUGCCUCACCCACCACCUUCCAUCGUCUAUUAUGAUUUCUCAAAUAACUCACUGUCUGGAGAAAUCCCACCGAUUCUGUGCAAUCUUUCUUUUCUUGUGGCCUUGGAUUUGUCUGAUAACAACUUGACUGGGAUACUCCCGCGAUGUUUAGUCAACCUAAGUGACUCUCUAGAAGUACUCAACCUUCGAAAUAAUCACUUUGCUGGUGCUAUUCCUUCAACAUAUACGAAGAGCUGUGGGUUAAGGAUGAUGGACUUGAGCCAAAAUCAAUUAAAAGGGAGAAUACCGAGGUCACUAGCCCAUUGUACCAAGCUAGAAUUUCUAAAUCUCGGAAACAAUCUGAUAAAUGAUACCUUCCCUUCUUGGCUGGGUACUCUUCCAAAACUUAAGGUUCUCAUCUUGAGAGCGAAUGCAUUGCAUGGUGUGAUAGUGAAACCUCAAGCCAAAUCGGAAUUCUCCAAGUUGCAAGUAAUUGACCUUUCAGAUAAUAGUUUAAGGGGUAAGUUGCCAUCUGAGUACUUAAACAUUUGGGUUGCCAUGGAACUUGCUAAUACAAACAGCUUAUCCCCAUACAUGAAUGCAAAUACAAGCUUCCAAACUAGAGGAUAUGAGUGGUCUAAUUAUUAUAAUUAUGUAGUUACAUUGGCUAACAAAGACAGAGACUUAAGAUAUGAGAAAGUUCCAGAUUCCAUCUCAGCUACUGAUUUGUCAAGCAACCAGUUCCAAGGUGAAAUCCCUGAAGUCAUUGGCAAUCUGAAGCUAAUUCGUAUGCUUAACCUUUCAAAUAACAAUAUCACUGGUCAUAUUCCAUCAUCAUUGGGGGAAAUUACGAAUCUUGAAUCUUUGGACCUCUCUCGAAAUAAGCUAUCGGGACAAAUCCCUCAGCAACUAGCCAACAUUAACUUCCUUGAAGUCUUCAAAGUCUCUUAUAACAAUCUUGAAGGGCCUAUACCUAGAGGAGCACAGUUCGAAACCUUUAAAAAUGAUUCGUACGAGGGAAAUUCAAGAUUGUGUGGAUACCCUUUGUCAAAAAAUUGUGGAAAUCCUGAAGUCUUGCAGCCACCACCUCCUUUGAUCUCCAAAGAAGAUGAAGAAAUUGAGAGUUCUUUCAAGUUUGGUUGGAAGAUAGUUUUGACAGGAUUUGGUGUUGGGCUAAUAAUUGGACUGUCUCAUGGAUACAACUUCACCACAAGGAAACAUGAGUGGUUCAUUACGGUCGUCAGAAAGUGGCAAAGGUAUGUGUAA